AUGGGUGACGAGGAGAAGUUCGUGGUGGAUCUGGACCAGCCGGGGAUUGGAGAUGGUGUGAAACUUGGGGUGAAGUGUCCCAAGGAGUUUUUGGAGAAGCUGUGGGUCGAUCCCCACUUCCCCCUGGACUACACCUCCAUAGGCAUUCCAAAAGAGGAGGCCAUGAGUGUGGCCGGUCGUAUGCUGGACUAUGUCUGGUGCCCAAUUACCUACUGCCAUCCGGGCAAGCCGCUGUUCCCAGAGGAUGGCAUGAUUGAUCCUGCCACUUUGAUGCAGGGGGCGCUUGGGGAUUGCUGGCUCAUUUCUGCCAUUUCCACCAUGGCGGAAUAUCCGGAUUCCAUUCGAAAUCUCUUCAUCACCAAGGAGCACAAUGAAAUCGGGCAAUAUGUGGUGCGUUUGUGGUCUCAAGAGUUGAGCUCCUGGGUUAGAGUGAAGGUGGAUUCCUUCAUGCCCCUUGACACUGGAGGCGGCGUAGCUUAUGAAGGAAAGCCCUUGAUCUAUGUGAAUCCCUGUGACGAUGCUGUUUGGAUGUGUGUCUUGGAGAAAGCUUUCGCCAAGAUUUGGGGGAACUACAUGCAACUGAACGGUGGGCUGGUCAGUGACGGUUGGAAAGUUAUGACCGGGGCAUCGGAAGGGGAGAUUGAGAACUGGCACCUUGGCUCCAAUGGCUGGGGCAAGAGAUACAGCGCCUUCGACGUCCAAGAUCUUGAUGUCGAAUGGGAUGACGAGACAAAGUCGUUCCACAACCCCGACCAGGAACUGGGUCCAUAUACUCCUGAGGAGUUCUUCAAGUGCCUGCAGUCUUGGGAUUCCAAGAAAUACCUCAUGUGUGCUGGCAUCAUCGCCAAGAAAAAUCCCAACAUUAAAGAAGAUGUCGAGGGCGAAGCGGAGGGUGAUCUGGGGAAUGGUUUGGUCACCAAGCACACCUAUGGGGUGUUGGGAUCCUACGAGGGACAUGGCUUGGAGUUGGUUCGAGUUCGGAAUCCCUGGGGAAAGAAGCAAGAGUACGACGGUGAUUGGGGUGACAGCUCGGAGAAGUGGAAGGAGCAUCCAGAGGUGGCCAAGGAGGUGAAUUUUCAGAAGCGAGUGGAUGGGGUCUUCUGGAUGACGAUUGCUGACUUCUGCAAGUGGUUUACCAUGCUGCAAGUGCUGAAGAAGAGCCAGCCAGGAGAGCGAGCGGUUGACUCGCCCUAUGAAGAGAAGAGGGCUGAGAAGGUGAAAAAGGCCCGGGAACGAGCCCAACGCAUCAGGCGUGAGCUCUACGACAAUGGUGGAUGGUACACCGAUGAGGCAGUCAGUUGGAGAGGUGACAAGAUGCCCAACAUGCGAGUCUUCCAAGAUCCGGAUCUCUUCGACAUCGUGACGAAAGCAUACAUGGAGCAUUGGGGAAUUCCGGAAAACAAUGCCAAAGACUUCGCAGAGCAUGCCAGGACCAAGCUACCUCCCAAGAUCGAGCGUCUCUUGGCCAACAGGACGAAGGCCAAGAGCAAACGGGAAGAAACACCUCAGUGGAUGAAGGGUGAAGUCUGUGGAAGCCUUCCUCCAGGCCCAGACUCAACCGGCCCUCCGGACUCAACCAGCCCCACUGCUGCGGGCAGCGGCCUGGGUGCUGUCCGAGCACUGCAGAAGGAGGCAGCUGAGGCCGAACCUGACCCCUUGGCCGAAGCCAGGGCCGAAGCACUGCGCAAGGAUCGGGAGGCCAUAGCCAAAAUCAGAGCCGAGAUGGCAGCCAGGCAGGCUGGGCAGGAUGCUGAGGCUGGGAAAGAGAAAGAAUCCACACCCAUCGAUGAUGAGGGUCGCUAUGCGGCCUUGUUAGAGGCAGAGAAGAAGGGACUCUCUCAAGCAGACAAGUGGGCCGCCAUGGGCAUGUUCUGA